AUGAAGCCUACACCUGCCACUUCACCACGCCCACAGAGUGUCAAACUCCGCCCUUUGUGGAGCCUGGUUUGAAGCGCCCUGACUGCUUGUGCUAAGGAGGGAGAGAAAAAGUUGUCUAAGUAUUUAAUAAGUUUUGUUUUUCUGGAAUUCGUUGCCUUUACAGUUGAUACGCCUGGGGAUCUUUGUUUUAUAUGACUGAUUAACAAAGCAUCUGAAGAAUUUAUUUUGAUUGCAACAUAAAAGAAGUUCUAAUCUUGAAACGACUGCAGAUACCCUGAAAUUCACAUUCCUUUGAGAAACACUGGCAGUUCUCUCUAUAGCACUCGUCCAUUGGAAGUGACAGGCCUUCUCUGUUUACAAACAAGGGCAGUACUGUACUUCAUUACCUAUCGAGAGCAGUGUGAGGGUAAGGUGCAGUUAGUGGCUGGAGCUCAUUGUGGAGCCGGGGUACGCUAAUUCAAGGCAGAGCUGCUCGAUGAGGAGAGGAACAGACUGGGACUCGUCACAAAGACGUGGGGAAUUGUGUACCACCAGAAUGGAGCUCUCUUGCUUCCCUUGUUGGGCCGUUCUCCUUCAGGUCCUCCUAAUCAUUAUCAUGGCAGACUCUGGAAUGGCCAGAAAUAUCAACUUUAACAACUUUUCCCCACCAGUCGAUCCAACCCCUUUCCCAAACAGCUUCAAGUGUUUCACCUGUGACCACGCAACAGACAAUUACAAUUGCAACCGAUGGGCUGAGGAUAAAUGGUGCCCCCAACAUACAAAUUACUGCAUGACGGUGCAUCACUUUACCAGCCAGGGGAGGAGCAAGUCUGUCACUAAGAGAUGUGCCGUGAAGGCAGACUGCCACGCUGUGGGUUGCCGCCACCACAGGGACACGGGGCACAUAGAAUGUAUCUCUUGCUGUGAGGGGAUGGUGUGCAAUGUGGAGGUCCCUACAAAUCACACCAACGCAGUGUUUGUCAUCAAGCAGUCUCGUAGCUCAUCGGGGGCCAUGGCCAGGACAUUGAGCUCUGCUGCUUUCUCACUAACAUUUCUUACUGCUUUGCUGCUGUCAUGACAUUGUAUGUGAUGUCUUGAGUCCAUAAGAACAAAGGGAAUAAUCUUCAGUGCACGCAAAACUCUCUACUGCAUGAAGGAAAACGUUUGGCAUGGUAUGUGAUUUAAGGACUGCUGGAUCAUUACAUGCUUCUACAGAGCCUUAUCAGGGCGGCAUCCAGGAAAAAUGACCGCUGAAGGAUACAAUGAACUGGCUAUUAAGCAAGGAAUUACAAAUACCCAAGUGAUUGAAGUUGAAAAUGUCAACCAGUCAUAUUUGGCCUCACGGUGGGUCUUAAAUUUGUUUUUCAGCGUGUUAACAAUGCAUGGAUGCUAUUUUAGAAAAUUAUAUUCAUUUUGUAUGUCUUCUUGAAACCUUGGGUGCCAGGAGUUUAUUACCAACAUACAGUAACAUAAGAGACACUGGAUUACUCAUCCAGCAAUGGGAAGCUGAGUCCAGCAAAAUGUAGCACAUGAAGAGGACUUCUGGACUUGAUGCACAUUUCUUCAAAUUACUUUUUCUGCACUUUCCUCAAAGUUAUUUGUUUACUAUCUGAGGAAUCAACGACUCCAUCCAUUAUGAAAACUGUAAUUGACAAUUGCUUUUUCUAAGCCUAUAUAUAUAUAUAUAUAUAUAUAUAUAUAUAUAUAUAUAUAUAUUAGGGAUGGGACCAAUACAGCGGUUUCAAAUAAUUUUCCUUUAAGGUCUCACUGAACCGACACAUUUCAAUUGAAAGGUUAAUCUUAAAUCACACAAUUAGGUUGUGCUGUGUGUAUAAUCUGCAAAGUGUUUUCAAUUAAAAACAAAUUGUGAAUUCCGCGUGGCCGAUGCAGAUCCACAUUAUAAACACAUAAGCAUAACAAUAGUGUGCAAUGUCUUCAGGUAGGGUUUUUAAAAAAAUCCCUCUUGUUACAAUUCUUUGAUCUUUUGAUAUUGAGGUUUAAAAGUUUUAUAUUGAGAUGAGGCUAAACAUACAUGAUGAUAAUUGGUCAGUUAAAAGCCGACAAUUCCCUUUGAAUGGAAAGCACUCUGCAGAACCUAAUGACAUCAUUUAAGAGCGUCACCAUGUUCAAAUUAAAUGUCGGUUCCGUUUUUUUUUUUAAACCCUACAUGAAGACGCUACACACUACUGUUAUGCUUAUGUGUUUAUAGUGUGGAUCUGCAUCGGCCACGUGAAACUCACCUGUCAACAGAUUAAAAGGCGACAAUUUUUUUUUAAUUGAAAGCACUUUGGAGAUUAUACACACAACACAACCUAAUUGUGUGAUUUAAAAGUUUAACCGUCUUUCAGUUGAAAUGUGUUGGUUCAGUGAGACCUUAAAAGAAAAUUAUUUAUGGGUCUAAAGGGGAAGAGUCAAGUGGCAUUUAGCACUUCCUUUAUUUCAAAGAAACUAUGUAAUUAUGGCACUGUUACGUGCAGUGUUAUAUGUUUAAAUAUAAUCUUUUUUAAAUAUAUAAAAUCAGAACUUUUGUAAUAUUUGUAUAUUGAUCUAGUAUUUUCAGUUCUUCCAAGUUCCCAAAAUAGCACAAGAUAGCAUGCAUAGUAUUUAGAAAGCUUUAAAUGUUUGGGAGUAGGGUAUGUAUUAUAGGUGAAACACACAAGGGGAUCAAUGUAAAAAUAUUAAAUCUCUACUACAGGUAUUAUAAUGCACAGAGUGGGGGGCACUUUCACAGCCCAAACCAGGUUAUGACGAUUGGCGCCUUAUCCACUCAAAAGUAAAUGCUGUACAUUUUGUAUCUCUAUAUUAGUUACAUUCGUAAUACAUAUCGUCAUCAGGUAAAGUAAAAAUGGACUGGUAACAGAAACAAUUCUUCAUUUGUUGACAAGCUUACUGUAACGCAAACCCGUUUCCCUUUGUACAUAUUUUAUAUAAAAAAAAUAAAAAAUAAAUGUGUUUAUUUUCUUCUGA